AUGAAGUUCAGCCGAUCUGUAUUGAUUAAGCUUUUGGUUGUACAAUGCCUUGCAGUUCUGUGUGUUUCCCAAAAUUUUGAUUUCUAUUACUUUGUUCAAAUGUGGCCAGGAUCAUACUGCGACACGAGGCAAAGUUGCUGCUAUCCAAAGACUGGAAAGCCUGCUGAAGAUUUCAGCAUUCAUGGUCUAUGGCCUAAUUACAAUGAUGGCAAAUACCCACAAAACUGUGAUCGUGGCAACUAUUUUGAUGAAUCAAAGGUACCUAAUUAA